AUGGGUCGGUGCGUGGACCCCGGAUCAGAUCACGAGUUAACGUGCGAAUCUUUAGGGCUAAAAUGGUAUCGUUUUGUCUUUAUUGAAACAGCAGCUUUUGGUUGUCCAAACACUAGACAUUGUACGAUGAGUCAUUAUAUUUUCUUAAGUUCCAAUCAUGUUUCUUGGUAUACUAAAAAGCAAGUUUCUGUUACUCAAUAUGGUACUAAAGCAAAGUAUAUGACUCUUUUUAUAGCUUCGCUAGAUAUAUUUUGGGUUUCUUAUAUAUUGGAUGAGGUUAGAUUUCCUCUUGCACUACCUUGUUCUGUAUAUUAUGAUAAUAUGGGUGUUAUUUAA